AAAUAGUCCCCCACAUAGCCUCAAAAACCCAAUUCAGAAGAACUGAAGAAUUGAGGAAGAAGAAGAAGAAGAAGAAGAAGAAGAAGAAUGUCUCUUGUGUUUGUGGGUAAUUCAGAAGAGAAGGAGCUGGGGAGACAGAAGGCGCCAGGGAUGUGCCCAUACUGUGAAGGGAAGGUCACAGCCAUGGAUGUUGAGAGCCAGUUCAGAUGCUGCUUUCUUCCCGUCUGCUACAAGAUCAAGAGAAAGUAUGUCUGCACUUCCUGUUCCAAGCAAUUGGUUUUGUACUCUGAGUAGAUGCUCUGACCCUCAAAUGGGCCUCAAUCUUUUCUUGUAUUUUCCUUGGGUUUUUUUUUUCUUUUUUUUUUUUCUCUGUAUAUAAAUUUCCAUUGGAUUUCUAUGGAAGUUAGUGAGCUGUUCUCAGUUUUGAAGAACAUAAUCUGAAAUUCCCAUUUAAAUUCUUUGAUC